AUGAGUUCGAUAGAAUCGACAUCUGGAGUAUCUGUACCCAUGUCAAUAACUCAUCUUCAAGAGAAUGCCAAGGCAGAACGAGAGAUUUCAAUGAUCAUUGACAACUUUUUAUAUCUUGGAGGAGAGUUAGUCGAAGAGGAGCAAAUUGAGGAAUUGCAGCGACUAGGGAUCAAACGUGUGCUCAACAUGGCAGCCAACUGUGACGAUGAACUCUGGGUCAGACGGUUCAAUAGCGCUGAGGAGAAUGCGGCAGCAUAUCUCAAGGUUGGUUUAUUGGACCAUGUUGAUCAAGACCUGAAGGAAGGGCUAGAGAAGGCAAUCAAGUUCAUUGGUUCAUCAAAGGAUCCUGUCUACGUUCAUUGCCAAGCAGGCAAGUCAAGAUCCGUCGCGACAGUCAUUGGAUAUCUGAUCCAAGGCCAAGGUUGGCCACUCAAGAGAGCAUAUGAUCUUGUCGUUGAACGCCGACGGAUUAUGUCACCUAAUAUUGGAUUUGUAUCGCAAUUGAUCAUGUUGGAGGAGUGUAUCCUAGGACAAGAGAAGGCUGGAGGAUUGGUUAACUCGAUGGAGGAUAGUGAAGAAGUAAAUCCUACAUUGCGAACCACAAUCAUACCUUGA